AUGGCCCAGCAGGAGGAAGCCCUCACUCUAUGGGAAGAAAACGAAGAAACUGGAAGAGGUGCUGAAGGUGGGCAGGCUCGCAGAAAGGGACUGUUUUCCAAAGAAUUACGAUGCCUGAUGUACGCGUUUGGGGAUGACCAGAAUCCUUAUACAGAAUCAGUGGAAAUUCUCGAAGACAUCGUCGUAGAAUUCAUCACGGAAAUGACGCACAGAGCAAUGUCCAUCGGCGUGCAAGGCCGCGUCCAAGUGGAAGAUAUUGUCUUCUUGGUUCGCAAGGACCCGAGGAAGUUUGCUAGGGUGAAAGACUUGCUUGAUGCGAAUGAAGAAAUAAAACGCGCUAGAAAAGCAUUUGAUGAAGCAAACUAUGCAUCGUAA